AUGAAUGUAUUGUUGAACAACCAAUCUCUCUUAUUACAGAAUAAAGAAGAACAUCAUUGUGGUCAUUUCAUAUUCGAAGGACCACCUGGAGUGGGAAAGAGAACCAUGAUCACUGCCCUGCUUCGAGAUACUUUUGGCCAAGAUAAAGUACAGGCAACCGAACAACCCAUUACAUUUCUGUUAAAGGGGGAAGCCAUAGGAAGUAUUGAAGUAAAGGCAAAGGUAUCAUCUCAACAUGUUGAAGUAAAUAUUGAUAAAGUGAAGGGAUAUGAAAAGCAUGUUAUCAUUGAUCUUAUCAAAGAGAACUCCAACAGGCUUCCAAAUGUAUCAAUGAAAUGCAGGAGAGAAGAACGCCGGGCUAUUGUCCUAUAUGAAGCAGAUCAGAUUUCUGCUGAUGUCCUACCGUAUAUCAGGUGGCUACUUGAGAAGUACAGAGGCCGCAAUUCCUUGUUUUUCUGUUGCACAAAAGCUUCAAAGCUUCAAUCUCUAACAUCACUUUGUACAGUUGUUCAACUUAAUGCACCUUCCAUUGAAAAUAUAGUUGAUGUUCUGAAAUUCAUAGCAAAGAAAGAAGGGAUUGAUUUGCCCCUCAAUUUGGCUGUAAGGAUUGCUAAUAACUCAAAGAACAACCUAAGGCAAGCCAUUCGUUCAUUUGAAGCCACGUGGAAUUGCAGUCCUCAAUUAAAGGAAGACCAAGAAAUUAAGACGGGUUGGGAAGAUGAUAUUGAAGAUAUCGCAAGAAGCAUAAUAGAAGAGCAGAGCCCAAAACAGUUGUAUAUCAUAAGGAGGAAACUACAAAAUAUUUUGGAGCACAAUGUUUCUCUGGAGUUCUUCUUCAUGACUCUAAUGAGAGAACUGAUGAAACAUUUGCCAGACCAGUUACAAACACAAAUGGAGAAAAUGCACAAAGAUUAUAUUGAUCGACUUGAGGAAAUGAACAAAAGACAAAAAGAUCCCAUCAGAAGGAAUGCUCAGCAUUUCCUCAGGAUUGAAGCGUUCAUAGCAAAAUUCAUGAGCUGGUACAAGGCUACAGCAGUGAACAGAAGGAUCUGAUUGAUUAGAUUGUUCCUUUUAAAAGAGACUCCUUGCAGUAUCUUCAAAAUACUCUUGAAGUAAAGUACUUAUGAUAUAGUAGUAUUGGACUAUUUCGUUUGAUUGGUCAAGCUACUCCUUGUGACUUGGAAAGCCAACUCAAUAAUAAAUGUCAAAUAACAAUAAAUGUUCAUCAA